GCCGUGCGCCUGGGCGGCCCCGCGCUCGCGCCCCACCUGGACGACGCGGUGCGCGUGCUGCGCUGCACGCUGCUCGACCCGUUCGCCGCCGUGCGCCGCGAGAGCUGCGAGUGCGCCGCGGGCCUGGCGCGCGCUACGCCAGACCACUUCCACAUGCAGUCGGAGUCCUUGAUCGGCCCCCUGAUGCAGAGCAUCUCCCACCAGCACUGGAAGGUGCGGGUGGCUGUCAUUGAGGCCACGGGCACCGUGAUCCAGUUCGGCACCGGCAAGUCGGUAGAUGAUGUGCUUCCUCACUUUGCUCAGAGGCUCUUCGAUGAUGUCCCCCAGGUGCGGCAGGCGGUGGCUUGCGUGGUGGGGGGCUGGCUGCUGGCCCUGCGGGACCGCUGCUCCUUCUUUCCCAAGCUCAUCCCACUGUUGCUGAGCAGCCUGGAGGACGACAUACCUGAAAUUGCGCUCACGGCCGCCAGCCUCUGGGAGAAGGUCGGCCUGCAGUGGCAGAGGGAGAACGAGGACGACCUCAAGGACAAGCUCGACUUCUCCACUCCCCCUCCAGCCCAUCACCCCUCACCAGAGACUCGCCCCGUGUUGGGCUGCCGGGAGCUCGUCUUCAGAAACCUCUCCAAGAUCCUUCCCGCCGUCUGUCACGACAUCACCGACUGGGUGCCGGGGACCAGGGUGAAGGCCGCGCAGCUGCUGGCAGUGUUGCUCUUGCAUGCGGAGGACCACAGCACGCAGCACCUGGACACCAUCCUCCGGGUGCUGCCCCGCGCCUGUGCUGACGACGACCCGGCCGUGGUCCGCAGCUGCACCAGAUCUGCAGAGCUGGUUGGGGUGUUCGUCAGCCCAGAAGUGUUUCUGAAGCUGAUCUUGUCCACGCUGAAGAAGUCACCCUCCGCCUCCGGCCUCCUGGUCCUCGCUUCUGUCAUCCGAGGCUGCCCUAGGGAGGCCCUCCAGCCGCACCUGAAGGUCAUCACCGCAGAGCUGGCCCGGCCCCACAUCUGUCAAGGGUCUGAAAACCGCCUUUACGGGGAGCACCUACUGCUCUGCGUGCGGACGUUGGUUUCUGUGUGCCGGGAAGACUGCAGAGGGUGCAGCUUACAGCUCAUGGAGGUGCUGGUGACCGUCAUGGCCCUCUCAGGUGCCACGGGCCUCAGCGACAAGGUUCAGGAGACCAUGGACGCACUGGCCGCGGUGCAGGAUGUGGACGGCAGCCAGGAUCUCUACCGAGAGCACGUGGGCCCCCUCAUGGAGUGGGUGGCAGCUUCGCACCACGACUGGACCAUCCACUCCGUGGAGCUCCUGCAGUUCAAUGUCGUGGUCACCCACGCAGGCCCGGCGCUGGGAGAAGUGCUGCCCCACCUCGUGCCCAUCCUCAGGAGCUGCCUCCAGCCGGCCAGAGACCCACAGAUGCGCCUAAGGCUCUUCUCCUCCCUGUCGCGGGUGCUGCUGAGCGCAAAGCAGACCGUCGACUCCCAGGGGCAGUUUCACCACUAUCUCAACACUGUGGCGAGAGACAUCUUGGUCCCCAACCUGCAGUGGCACGCGGGGAAGACCGCUGCAGCCAUCCGCACGGCAGCUGUGUCCUGCCUCUGGGCGCUCCUCAGCAGCGACGUCCUGUCGGAGAAGCAGAUCCGGGAAGUGCAGGAGACGCUGAUGCCGGACAUUCUAACCACCCUGGAGGAAGACUCUCAGAUGACUCGAUUAAUUUCGUGCCAAAUCAUUAGCAGAUUUCUGAAAACCUCCAGUGGUGUGGCUGAUCCAGAUAAGUUCAUCAAGAUUUACCCUGAGCUCCUGAAGCGUCUGGAUGACGUUUCCCACGAAGUGAGGCUAGCAGCCAGCUCUGCCUUGGUCGCGUGGCUGGCAUGUAUCCAGAACGACGACGGGAAGUCCUACUACCAAAGCAACAUUCAGUUCCUGUACAGAGAGCUCCUCGUGUACCUCGAUGACCCGGAGGGUGCGGUCCAGGACGCGGUGUUAGAGGUCCUCAAAGCAGGCAGCGUUCUGUUCCCUGAGCUCCUGGUGAGAGAGACCGAGGCAGUCAUCCACAAACACCGCUCUCCUGCCCACUGCCAACAGCUUCUGCAGCACCUGCAGGCCCUGCCGCCAGCCCAGUGAGCGCAGACGGCGGAGCCUGGAGCGAGACCCAGCUCCCAUCCUUUCCCGGGCUGGAGUGUGUGGCCUUCAGACCUCACAGCACGGCACCUUUUAGUCAACAGCCUGAGACCUUCACGAGCAAGACUUUGAUAGCAAGAAUGUAUUCCCUAAGAAAUGUGCCCGGGAUUCUCAGACGGAUCUCGAGCCCAGGAGUUUCUGAAAUAAUGUUCACUGUGUGGCUUCUAUACCUUUAGCUUUUAUUUAUACCAUGACAGAUCUCCCAAACAUCUAUAGGUAAUUGAAAUGAAAACUAAAUGGGAUCUGCUGACACUGGCAGCCAAAUCAGCCUGUUUGUUUGUUUCAAAGCUACAUGCACCUGCUGCGCCCUUGAGUUAGGAUUUAUGUUUGUGCAAAUGGCCACCCCACCAAGAUUAUUUUGUUAAGCAAAAGCUGUUAAAAAGAAGUUCAUUCUUUCCUUGGGUUGUGUCUACUGAAACUUAGUAUCACAGUGAACAGAAUAAAAGGAACUUGAAAUUUUUAUCAAUUAAAUUUUUGCUGUUUAAAAUACCCUGGAACUCAAAAUGUUAUAUGGAUACAUUCGGUUACAAUGUUUUUUUCUUAUCUCAUUAAUGCGAACAAUGUUAAAAUAGAAUAUUUAAUCAGAUAUAAUUUUGGUUGCUCUCUUAUAAGUAGGAGUAAAGUAAAAUUGGAUUUUAUUCUCUAGCACUUUCUACACCCAAGUGCCUAAAAAACUUCAUUUUAAAUGGGUAUUAUUUCCAUAAGCCAAAUAUUUAUGUUAAAACAGGGGGCGGGGAAUAUUGUAUUUUCUAACAACCAAAUAUUAACAUUUGUGCUUAAGUGUUUGAAAAUGUAAUUAAAAAUAUUUAUUAUAAUGUCUUGUACGCCUGUCUUAAUGUG